AUGUAUGCAAGUUUUCACUUAUCUCGAAAAUCAAUCAGCAUAGUUAAGGGUGAGCUCCAGAAAGCUGUGCUGCUGGAAAUGAGGCAGAUCCAGUGGCGGAAGCAACACCGUCACGCAAUCUCCCUCGUCAGGCUGACUGCGACUGUAUCUGGGACCCAUUUGAGAAGAAAAACUAUCAACAGAUCUACUAAUUUCUCCUUGGGUAAUCAGAAGGUGGAGAAAAGGAUGGGCUGCCGACAAUCUCUGCAAAGCUCAGAAGUGUUUAAAGUCCGCACCAUUUACAUCAAUGAGCCCCUUAAGAAUGUUUUCUGCACAAAUACCAUCAGCACAACUAAGUACAGCAAGUGGUCAUUUCUCCCUCGAUAUUUGUAUCUGCAGUUUAGCAAAGCUGCUAAUGCAUUUUUUUUGUUCAUUACUAUAUUGCAGCAAAUUCCAGAUGUAUCUCCAGUAGGAAAAUAUACAACUCUUUUGCCUUUGCUGGUUAUUCUUGCAAUUUCAGGCAUCAAAGAGAUUGUAGAAGAUUAUAAACGGCAUAUGGCAGACAAAGUAGUUAACUCAAAGACCACAGAAGUGUUCAGACAGAAUUCAUGGCAUGUGAUUAAGUGGAAAGAGGUAAAUGUGGGUGACAUUGUGAAGACUUUGAAUGGGGAAUUCCUUCCUGCAGACAUGAUCCUGAUUUCUUCCAGCGAACCUCAGGCGAUGUGUUAUGUUGCAACAGCUAAUCUGGAUGGAGAAACAAAUCUAAAGAUACGGCAGGCAUUGUUUGAAACUGCUGGAACACAAAAGGAAGAACAAUUGGUAAACCUAGCUGGAAAAAUUGAAUGUGAAGGACCUCAUCGUCAGUUCAAUAACUUUGUUGGGACCUUGUAUUUAAGGGGUAAAAGUCCUGUUUCAGUUGGGCCUGACCAGAUGUUGCUGAGAGGUACACAGCUGAAAAAUACUCUGUGGAUCAUUGGUAUCGUUAUUUAUACUGGAUUUGAAACCAAAUUGAUGCAGAAUGCUGUCAAAUCACCUCUCAAGAGAUCAAAGGUCGAGAAAGUAACCAACUUGCAGAUCCUUGUUUUGUUGCUGCUCCUCUUUCUGAUGUCUGCAGUGAGCUGUGUGGGAGCCCUGAUCUGGAAUAAAAUAUACCUGGAAAACAUUUGGUACAUGGGAAAUAAUGAUAACCCCUCCCACAACUUUGUGUUUGAUUUAGUGGUAUUCAUUAUCUUGUACCACAACCUUGUUCCCAUCAGUCUUCUGUUAACUCUGGAAACUGUGAAAUUUAUUCAGGCACAGUUUAUAAACUGGGAUGAAGAUAUGCAUUAUGACCAAAAUAAUCUUUAUGCAAUGGCCAGAACAUCCAAUCUUAAUGAAGAGCUUGGGCAGGUAAAAUAUUUAUUUUCUGAUAAAACGGGAACCCUUACUUGCAACUCAAUGACAUUUAAGAAAUGUACCAUUGCAGGCGUAAUUUAUGGAUAUUUCCAUCUUUUAAGGUCUCAGUCAAAUUUCUUUUUUCAGUGUUCUAUAACUUCCUGUCGAUCAUCUUUCUGUGAAUUUAAUGACCCUAAAUUAUUGGAGAACUUUGAGAAUGGCCAUCCCUCAGCAGAAUACAUAAAUGAAUUCCUUACCCUAUUAUGUGUGUGCCAUACGGUUAUUCCUGAGAGACAUGGAAAUGAUAUACUCUACCAGGCUUCCUCCCCAGAUGAAGCUGCUUUAGUGAAAGGAGCAAAAAAACUUGGCUUUGUUUUCACAACAAGAACACCUUAUUCUGUCACCAUAGAAGUUAUGACAGAAAUGCACACGUUUGAAAUCCUUAACAUCCUGGAGUUUUCUAGCAAUAGAAAAAGGAUGUCGAUAAUUGUCCGAACUCCUGCGGGACAUCUUCGCCUAUACUGUAAAGGGGCGGAUACAGUGAUUCUUGAGAGACUUUCAAAAGAUUCUCUGUUUGUGGAGGAUACGUUAAAACAUUUGGAAUAUUUUGCCACAGAAGGUCUGAGGACUCUCUGUGUUGCCUAUACUGAUUUAACUGAGAAAGAGUAUCAAGAUUGGUUGGAGAAGUAUCAAAGAGCUAGUGCAGUUUUACAAGACAGAAUUCAAAAACUGGAGGAAUGCUAUGAGAUUAUUGAAAAGGAAUUUCUGCUGCUUGGAGCCACAGCCAUAGAAGAUCGUCUUCAAGCAAAGGUUCCAGAAACUAUAUCAACCCUACUGAGAGCAAACAUAAAAAUAUGGGUCUUGACAGGAGAUAAACAAGAAACUGCAGUUAACAUAGCAUUUUCCUGCAAACUGAUAUCAGGUACCACUCCCCGUAUUUAUUUAAAUGCAAGUUCAUUUGAGGCAACACAGCAAAUAAUUGACUAUAACUGUGGAGAUCUUGGAAACUUGUUAGGUAAAGAGAAUGACUUGGCCCUAAUUAUUGAUGGUGAAACAUUAAAGUAUGCCUUAAGGUUUGAAAUUCAGAGGAAGUUCUUAGAUUUGGCCCUUUCAUGUAGAGCAGUAUUAUGUUGUAGGUUAUCUCCCCUCCAGAAAGCUGAAAUAGUGGACUUGGUUAAGAAGCGUGAAGGGGCCAUCACCCUUGCUGUGGGGGAUGGUGCCAAUGAUGUGGGGAUGAUCCGGAUGGCCCAUGUGGGUGUGGGCAUCAGUGGGAAUGAGGGCAUGCAGGCCACCAACAACUCGGAUUACUCCAUUGCUCAGUUUCGAUACUUGGAGAAGCUUCUGUUGGUUCAUGGAACUUGGAACUAUUUUCGAGUGACCAAAUGCAUAUUGUAUUGUUUCUACAAGAAUGUAGUGCUAUACAUUAUUGGGCUUUGGUUCUCCUUUUUUAAUGGAUUCUCUGGGCAGAUUAUAUUUGAGCAUUGGUGCAUCAGCUUGUACAAUGUGAUUUUCACUUCAUUACCACCUUUAACUCUGGGAAUCUUUGAAAAAUGUUGCAGCCAAAAGAGUCUCCUCGAGUAUCCACAGCUCUACACAGUUUCUCAGACAGGGGAAGUGUUCAACACAAAGGUAUUUUGGAUUCAAUGUAUGGAUGCUUUGAUCCACUCCUUCAUUCUCUUCUGGUUUCCCAUGAAAAUGCUGGAGCAUGAUAUGAUCUUCCAACGUGGCUACAGCACAGACUAUUUAUUUCUUGGAAAUUUUAUUUAUACGUACGUAGUUGUUACUGUUUGUCUGAAAGCUGGAUUGGAGACAACAUCUUGGAAUACAUUUAGUCAUGUGGCAGUCUGGGGAAGCAUAAUAAGCUGGAUGGUGUUUUUCUCAGUUUACAGUUACUUCUGGCCCAUCUUCUCUCUUGCUCCUGAAAUGACAGGACAGAUCAAUAUGGCUCUGAUUUGUCCACACUUCUGGCUGGGACUUUUGUUAGUCCCUACUACAUGCCUGAUACAAAAUUUUUUCUGGAAAUCGAUUAGAAAUACCUACAACAGAGGUCUUCUUGAAGAAAUUCGGGAGCUGGAAAGCAGAAAAGAUAGAAUAUUGGAACAUACUGACAUUUUUGAAAAGAGGUGA